AUGGACAUCGACACCAAAAUCAAGGCGUACCGCUUCGUCGCCUACUCGGCCGUCGUCUUCUCUGUCAUCGCCGUUCUUUCGGUUCGCUUUUCAACAUUUUUCUUCAUCCUUAUUUUCUUAAAUUAUUUUUGAAUUUUUCUUGAGAGCUUUUUUUAUAAGAUGUUCACAGUUAGUUUGUCGCAAACUUUUGCCGUACCUUUCACUUCAAAAUUUUCGUUUUUGAUCAAUCGACGGUGAAAUUUACUUUUAAACUAUUUAAAGUCCUCUCUAACAGAUUUUAGACCCUUUUUGAACGGUUUUUCAAGAAAUUCGUGUACUUCCAUUUAACUUUGUUGUUCCAGAAACAAUUCAUUUCCAUUUUCAAUAACUUUCUGAUCGAUACUUUUCAAACCGAAAGUUUCGGAACUCGUCCAAAUCAUAGGAAAUUUUGUUAAUUCAAACGAUUUUCUAUCUCUCCAGCAUUAAUUUUUUAUACCGGAUUAUUAAAUUCUUAUUGAAAACCAAGCACAAUACCAUGAAAGCCUGUAAACUCUCAGUGAAUUUUUGAAUAUUUUUCCAUGUAAGGCCUGUAGGGAUUUUUUUCAUUUUUUUCGAUCUAUCAACGCCGUAAAAAUUCUCUACAAGGAUAAUUCAAAUCAUAUUUUUUUGAUCAUAUAAUUAAUUGAAACUUAUAUAUAUUUCCAACUUCUCUCUUCAAGAAUGAAUUAUAAAAAAAAAUUACUUACAGGUAUGUAUCACCUUGCCGAUCGUCUACAACUACGUUCACACCGUCCGUAGACAACUCCACAACGAGGCUUUGACCUGCAAGGUUUUUCUUUUGCCAUUCUUUGUUCAACUUCGUUCAAUUUUUAUUGAGAAGAUAUGAUCCAAUUAGCUGAGCUUUUUUUUAUUUUAUUUUUUUUCUGGUUCUGUUGGGACAUUCUUCAAGCUGAUAUUCAAGGCGUUAUUUAAAAAAAUUUUUGAAACGAUUAGAUAAACCCUCAACAAAUUUAGGACGAUUUGUGUGAAGAUGAAGGGGAAAAUGUGAAAAAUGAUCAAAAGUUCAAGUCGUCGAGUAGCGCUUUUUCUUAUAAAGAAAAGCAAUUAAAUAUGUAUAUUCUUAUCUUUUCACACAGUUUCCUUCGUUUUUGAACUCUAUAAAACUUCGAGAAAUCACGUUUUCUUCAAAUUAGGGCCAACCUCGGGCAAAGUCGGAAUGGUGGAUAAUGGCUGCUAAAAGGGAGAGGCUCAAAAAAGGCCGCAGAAAGGCAGCAAAAAGGCAGCGAGUGGCAGCAAAAAGGCAGCGAAAGGCAGCAAAGAGACUCCCUUAAACGAGCCUUCCAUUUUUCUGGGAUUUUAAAGGCUCGAGAAAUGGUGGAGAAAGGGAGAGGCAGCAAAAAUGGUGCAUAAGGGCUGAGAAAAUGGAGCAAAAAGAGAGCCUUCAUCGCCCUAAAAGGAACAUUUCUAUGGUCCUUUAUGGACCCUCGGAGGGUCCUUCCGACUUUGCCUAUGAACUAUAAGGCCAAUACUUCUUGGGGUUCAAAAGAUCACCUUCAAGAAAAUUAGCGGUAGAUUGAGUAUACGAUAGGAAUAUCUCUGGUCUCUACAUUCCUCUCAGAAACUCUUUUGAUUGAAAAAUACUGAAUUUAACUGUGCCAGUCUAUAGACGUUCGUUCAUCUCCUGCAUUUUCUAGGGAUCCGCCAAGGAUGUCUGGGCUGACGUGCACAACCUGAGAUUCACCUUGGCCGGCAACAACACCCGCCGAGCUCGUCAGACUGGCUACGGCGGCGAUGAGCCCGUCGAAUCCGGAUCCGAGCACCGCCCAGACGCCCCCAACGUCCAACAGCCAAACUUCGACACCGGCUGCGAAGGCUGCUGCCAGCCUGGAGCUCAAGGAGCGCCAGGAGCCCCCGGAAAGCCAGGACGACCAGGAAAGCCUGGAGCUCCAGGAUUCCCAGGAAACCCAGGAAAGGCGCCACAGAAGCCUUGCGAGGAGAUCACCCCACCACCAUGCAAGCCAUGCCCACAAGGACCACCAGGAGCCCCAGGAGCCCCAGGUGCCCCAGGAGACAACGGAGCUCCAGGAGAGCUCGGUGAGCCAGGACAGGACGCCGAGCCAGGACACCCAGGACCUAAGGGACCACCAGGAGCCCCAGGCAAGCCAGGAAACGCCGGAGAGCCAGGAGAGCAAGGACUUCCCGCCGUUUGCGAGCCAGUCACCAAGGGAGAGCCAGGACCAACCGGAGAGCCAGGACCACAAGGACCACCCGGACCACCAGGACAGCCAGGAACCGACGGAGCGCCAGGUUAGGAAAAUCGUAUCGGCUUAGAUGUCGGGUAGAACUGGAUUGGUGAAGAAUUUUUUGCGAAAGAGAAACUCUUUAACGUCGCUCCUCAUCAAUCAAGGCUUGGUGACCCGGAUAAUUUAUAGUUUCAUCAGAUCUUCAAUGUAUUAGACACAACAGGAAAAUCUUUGAAAAACUUGAGAAAAUUCCUGGGAACUCUAGUGGCCACUUCAGUAGUUCCUCAUGGACUGCUUCAAGAGGACACUGAAACCACCUCUAUUAGAGCCACUAUUUUACGUCUUAGUGGUCACUUUAGUAGUUUCAAUUGGUCUAGUAGUACCACUUCUAAAAAGGUCACUAAAUUUUUGCCGCUAAGUGGUCACUGAAAAUUUUGCCAACAGUUUUUCAAAGUUUUGUUCCAAAAUGAAAAAAAAAACCAACGUUUCCACAAUUUUCCUAAACUAUUGCUUCAAACCAAUCCAAAAGUUUUCAGUACCUGGAUUCUCUUAAUAUCAUCUCAUUUUCUCUUUUCGAAACUUUGAAUAAUUUCAGGACCACUCGGACCAAAGGGUAACCCAGGACCCGACGGAAACCCAGGAGCCGAUGGAAACCCAGGAUCCGGCGGACCAGUUGGACCACCAGGAACUGCUGGAGAACGCGGUAUUUGCCCCAAGUGAGCUUCAUUUCACUUCAUUCUCGUUCAAACUGAUGUAUCAUCCUUAAUGAACCAAUUCAGGUACUGCGCCAUCGAUGGAGGAAUCUUCUUCGAGGACGGAACCCGCCGUUAA